AUGCUCCCAUUGGCUAAUUGAUCAAAAAGGGCGGGGACUACGGGCAGCAGUUGCGGAGCCCGGGUGGGACCGCAGGUCAACCUAGAAGGGAGGGAGGGGAAGUCCCGGGAUAUUUGGAAGGAUAAAGACGAUAUUUGGGGAUCCCCUGGAUGUCUGUCCGGCAGGGCGAUGACCACACCGGCAGGCUCGGGCACGGGCUUCGGCUCGGUGUCCUGGUGGGGCCUGUCCCCGGCGCUGGACCUGCAGGCUGAGAGUCCUCCUGUGGACCCAGACUCGCAGGCCAAGACAGAGCACGGGACCCUCGAGCUAGACGUGCUGCUGCUGGGUUCCGUGGAUGGGCGCCACCUGCUUCGAACCCUGGCCCAGGCAUCACUCUGGCCUCGCAGGAGGUUCCACUUCUAUGUGCUGGAGAAUAAUCUGGAAGCUGUGGCCCGACACAUGCUGUUCUUCAACCUAGCCCUGGAGGAUCCUGAGAAGAUGGGGCUGCAAGAGAGGAGUGAGACUUUCCUGGAAGUGUGGGGGAACUCGCUGCUGCGCCCCCCGGUGGCCGCCUUUGUGCGCGCCCAGGCAGACCGCCUGGCGCGCCUGGUUCCGGAGCCCGACUGCCUGGCGGAGCAGCUGCCCUGGCUCAGCCUGGGCGCCCUGAAGUUCCGUGAGCGCGACGCCCUGGAAGCCGUGUUCCGCUUCUGGGCUGGUGCGGAGAAAGGACCCGAGGCCUUCCCCAUGAGCCGCCUCUGGGACUUGAGAAUACGACACUACCUGGGUUCCCGCUACGACGCCCGGCGUGGUGUCAGCGACUGGGACCUGCACAUGAAGCUGCAUGACCGUGGGGCCCGAGUCAUCCACAUCAAUGAGUUCAGGCGCUGGAGGGACACAGGCGUCGCCUUUGAACUCAGAGACUCCAGCGCCUACCAGGUGCCCAACCGGACUAUGGCGUCCGGUCGCCUUCUGAGCCACCGCGGGGAGCGCGUGGCAGCGCGAGGGUACUGGGGGGACAUCGCCACGGGACCUUUCGUAGCCUUUGGCAUCGAAACGGAUGAUGAGAGUCUCCUGCGGACCAGCAACGGGCAGCCGGUCAAGACUGCUGGCGAUAUCACGCAGCACAAUGUGACAGAGCUGUUCCGCGCUCUGGCCGCCUGGGGGUACCCGAGCACCGCCCAGGGAGACCCCGAGGAGGUGUCAGACAAGGCGAAUGGAACCCAGGAGUCUGCAGCCUCCUGCCCAGAAUCCUUCACUGUUCACUUCCUGCCCCUUGGUUCUGCCCAGGCCCUGCACUAUAAGAGCUGCUACAAGGGUCGGUUCCAGCUUCUCUACGUGGCCUGUGGGAUGGUCCAUCUUCUCAGCCCUGAGCUCGGGGCCUGUGUGGCCCCUGGAGGACACCUGAUUGUGGAAUUAGCCCGAUAUCUGGUGGACGUGCGGCAGGAGCAGCUGCAGGCGUUCUCUGACCGUGUUGGGGAGCUGGCUCAGGCAGCUGGGUUCACCCCACAGCCUGGGGCCAGGUCCUCUGAGACCUUCGCGCGCUUCUGCAAGACUGGGGACUCUGCUCCGGUGGCCUCAGUGGUGGAACCCAGGACCCAGCCCUGUGAAGUCCUGGUCCCGCCCCCUGAAGUCCUGGUCCCGCCCCUUGAAGUCCUGGCCCCACCCCCUGAGGCAACAAACCAGUCCUCUGAGGACCUGACCCAGCUGCUCCAAGGUCAAACCCCACUCUCGGAACCCCUCAAACUGUCCUCAGAGUCUCAGGCUUCUUCACUCAAGGCAUUGGCUUCGCCCACGGAGAGUCAGACCCCCAAACCAGAGAGUCUGACCUGA